AUGAAAAUCUUUCUAGUUUUGUUAGUUUUAUGUGUGGCGGAAAUGCAUUGUGGACUUGUGGGUAAUCUUAUUGGAAGAAAAGAUAACAACAGGCCAGGAUUAUUUACUAAAGUGGUACAAAGUCUUGAAAAUGGCACUACUGUAAUUGUGGACGCUUUAGGCAAUAUCAUAGCGCCUAAUUCAAGACAUGAAGAUGCAAAUUUAAAAGAUGGACUUCCGUUGUUUAUCGAUAAUGUCUGUGUCAUCGAGGAUGAUCCCAGAAAAUGUGUAUAA